AUGUCAUUUUCUUAUCAAUUUAAUUAUCUUCCAUCAAAUAUACUGACUUUAUCAGGUUAUGCUUUUUUUCAAUUCAUUAAAAAUACGUUAGGUGAACCUGAAGCCAAUUUAUUAUCUAAAAUUUCAGUGAAAACAAAAUCUUCAUUUCUGCUCAUUGAAAAUCCACUUGAUAUAUUUAAUGAAGAUAUUGAAGAUGAAGAAUUAGAUAAACUAAAAGAACAAUUAUGUUUUAAAAUGAAAAACGAUAAACUAUUGAUCAAACCUGGUGUUCUUUCUGGAUGGUGUCUUGAAAAUAGAGAAAAUUUAGGUUUAGAAUCGUUUGAAUUAGAAGAAAAUAUUGAUUUUAGUGUAAAUAUUUACGCUGAUCAUAAUUUAGCUAUACAAGGAACCAUUAAAUGUAAAUGUGGUAAAGUUAUUGCAUUAAGUAAAAAUAAUGAAAAAAUACAAGUAUCAAAUUAUUAUAAACACUUAUUAUCAGUCGGAUAUAGAAAUAUGAAACAAAUUGAAAAAAAAGCAAAAGAAAUAGAAUUAACAAAACAACAACAACAGCAACAAUCAAUAGCAUCUGUUUUAAGUGCACCUGUAUCUCAAUGGGAAAACUCGCUAAUGCAGGUGUCAGAUGAUGAACCAAUGGUUGCAAAACGAACAUCACAUGAAUCUUCAGCACAGCCAAAAAAUUGUGCUAAACGUCGCAUUAUAUCACAAUCACAGCAACAUUCAUCAACUAAAAGAAUUCGUACAUGA